GAUUCUGCUCUUCCUCUUCUCGCUGCAGCUCCCGAAAUCCCCCCUCCAAGCCGCCGGCACCAGCUUUGAAAAAUUGGUGAGAAAGCUUGGAAUAUCUCCUUCUUUCUUGUCCAAGAACCUGACUUGGAACCCAGAAAUCUUUCCCCUUUGCUGGAAAUUCCAGAUCUGCCUUGCUCUGCUUGUCUUCACCGCCGGCUGCUAGUGGGUAUGGGUGAUUUCUGGGCAUUUUUUUCGUUCCCGUGAGCUUCCCCUGCACUUGCCGCUGGCUUCUCCCCCUGCCAAGUCCGGUUCUGCAACUGGAAAAUUUAUGGUAGGACUAAACCCGUUUUACACGAGCACGACUAAUUUGAAGUGAAAUUUUUAUGCUUUUCGUUAAAUUGAGCAUGCCUACUUGAAAUUUAAUCGAUUGUCCUGAUGAUUUGAAAGUGAUUGGUGGAUUAUGAUUUUUCUAUUAACUUCUACCUGUUUUGCCUCCGAUGUGGUCAUGUUAUUAGUGACCCUGCUAGUAGGGGAGGUUAUAAACGUUAGCACAUGUCGACAUGUUAGUGAUAGAGCCGGUUCGUUUAGUGGCCCUGCUAGUGGGGAUUAUACACUAGUAAAUCGUGUGCCCGCCAGUGGGAGGUUUAUAAACGCUGGCCAUGACCUAUAGAGGAGACGUCUAUUUUGUUUCCGUACCCAUAUCGGUUUUUCGUGAUUGUACUUGUUGGCAUGCUUUAAGUUUAAUAAGGGCACUCCAUAUUUAUUUACUGAGUUUAUCUCAUAGUUUUCCUUGUCCACCAUUUCAGGAAGUGAAACCGAGGACGGGGAAACCACGGGAAGUGACGAGUUAAAAGGCUAGCCAUAUUGUAAUUGGAUAUAAAUUUUAGAUAUGAAUCAUGAUCUUGUAUUUGGAGAUUUUAUGAUAUCAGAGUAAAUUUUAAAGAUU